AUGGAAAAAGAUGAGAUAAAGAAGACCCAAGAAAUGAAGACUGACCUGAAUUUAUUGUUAGAAUGUCUUAAAUAUCAAAUGGACAACCCAUCUUCACAAAAGGAGGCUUUGGUUACUAUUUAUUCAGUGUGUCAGCAAAACAGUUAUGCAAGUAUUUAUUUUCGAGAGAUUGGUGGUUUGAUGUUUGUAAAAAAUCUUGCCAAGUCAAGCAUUCACAGCAUGGUAAAAGAAGCAGCCUUAUUUACAUUAGGAGCUAUUGCAGAACGUGAUGUUUAUUGUCAGCAAACUUUGUGCACUUCAGAAUUUUUUGAAGACAUUAUUUGGUUUCUAUCUAAGUAUGAAUCUAACAUCAAUUUGAAAAGAAUGUCUGUUUAUGUGAUGUUAGUCCUGGUUUCAAAUAACAGGGCUGGGCAGACUCUUGUGAGAGAAACAGGUUGUGUUGGUAUCCUGCUACAGUUUUUUAGAACAGCUCUUUCCAUGUCUGAGAUGGAUUUGUCAAAUGAAACCAUUUACCAGAAUUAUCAGCUGUGGUCUUCGGUGUGCAGUGCUUUGUGUGCAUGUGUAAAUAAUCCACAGAAUGAUGUCAACCAGAAAAUUUGCAGUUCAGUUUUUCAACAUGCAAAUAAAUGGCUACAGAGCUGUGUAAAACCUGAGAUAAUUCGCCCUAUUUGCUCAUUUAUUUGCCUGACUGUUGCAAAUAACACACACGUACAGGAACAUUUUAUAUCUAUUGGUGGACUGGCCAUACUCUCUGAAGUUCUGACAAAGCUGGAACAUGAUUCCCAUGGGAACCUGCCCAGUGCUAAACUGGCAGUGGUGGUGACCAAGACCCUGGACGCCUGCAUUGCUGACAAUCCUGCUGUUGGGGUAGUACUAGCCAAACAUCACAUUGUAUCCAAGCUUCUGACACUGCUACUUCAUGAGAGUCUGGAUUCAGGAGAACAAUUUAGCAUUAUUCUUGCCCUUGGACAUUGCACAGAAGCUUGUGAAGAAAAUCAGCUUCAUCUAUUUAAGAACAAUGGUCUUCCAAUAAUGAUCCAAGUCUUAACUGAAUCACAGAAUGAGGAACUAAACAAAGCUGCUACCUUUGUGCUGCACAACUGCAAAAAAAUUACAGAGAAAUUAUCUCUAAACCUAGAAGAAUUUUCUUCUAAUAUGAAUGAAGCACAAGAGUUAAAAGAAUUGAAGGUGAGAGAGAGGAAUAUUGAAGACUUCUGGAGGAAAGCAAAAGAAAUUCUUCACAGAAUAAAACAGCUUGAAAAUAAAGAAGAUGAGGAAAAAAUAGAAAGAAGAGAAUUGGUUGGUGAUUCUUUGCCAACGAGCUUAAGUACCCAAAAUACGUCAAAACACUCUAGAGUGGAUAGCAUUGAUAGAGGUACUAAUGCAGAAAGAAGCUGCCCCAAAAAGCAGUGUCAGCCUCAGAGCUGUGAGCCGAAUGCUGCAGAGCGGUGUGAUGGCCCUGUAGGGCAUGAGCCCCAGAACCCAUCGAGGAGUGACAGGGCAAAUCCAGUCAGCGCCUGUUAUAAAAAAUGUGGGCCCGCCAAUGUUCUGAGCACCACUAGUGCGCCAUCGACUGCCAGUGCCCCCAGAAGGCAUAGCUUAUACAGAGGAGCGGCUUGUGAAAAGAGGGCUUUGUCCUUACAAGCAAGUGAACAAGCUUGUAAAUGUCCAGCUCCUGUUGUCAGAAAUAGAAAGCAUCAGUCACCAGUAACAGAUCCACUUGCAUUGUGUUCAGACAUAAUCAGCAAAGAAGCUUCCAAUUUUCAAGGAAGUGACAGUUAUCCUAAAACAUUGAAUUUCAGGUGUUCAGGUUGCAUAGAAGUAGGAAAAUCCCUGAAUAGCAGAAAUUUUAGCAGGCUCUUGCACUCUUGCCCAUUCCAAUGUGAUCUCCACAAAGUCAUUCUGGAAACUGAAGAUAGAUAUAAAAGUGACUUAAGGAAAUCACUUAUCUUUAACAAAGAAAUACUAUUGACUCCACAUAAGAAAAAAAGAUUUGGUAGUGAAUCUUCUACACAUGAAGAAAGACUCAGGAGGUCGUGGCCGUGGCUGCCGUCCUCCUUCAGGGCAGGAGGGGGCGCUGCCGCGCUCCUCAGACUCAGGGCGGCUCCUCGCAGUGUGACAGUGCCAAGCCUUCGGAUUUUUAGCUGUCUUCGUCACUGCCUGACAGCAAGCCUCACGCCCUGCGGCCCUCGCUUGUCCUGCCAAGCUGUUCAGGGAGGCAGGCGUCUGGGCUGA